GUUGGAGUAGAGGAGAAGUUUCGCUGCUCAGUCGGGAAAACUGUUGGACGAGCGGCGGAGCGAGGAGAGAUUAGGCUGAAUUACAGCGCAUUUCCUGCUUUUUCCUGACUGUGGAGACUGACACUUCAUAGUUUCAGUAGCUGGAUACAUUCAGUGUGAGAUAUGAGCUUUUUAUUCGGGAGCCGCUCGUCAAAGACGUUCAAGCCGAAGAAGAAUAUUCCAGAGGGAUCACACCAGUAUGAACUACUGAAGCAUGCUGAGGCCACACUGGGCAGUGGGAACCUGCGCAUGGCCGUCAUGCUCCCGGACGGAGAGGACCUCAAUGAAUGGGUGGCAGUCAACACUGUGGACUUCUUUAAUCAGAUCAACAUGCUGUACGGGACCAUCACUGACUUCUGCACUGAGGAAAGCUGCCCUCUAAUGUCUGCUGGACCUAAGUAUGAAUACCACUGGGCUGAUGGAACAAACAUAAAGAAGCCCAUUAAAUGCUCUGCUCCCAAAUACAUUGAUUACUUGAUGACCUGGGUCCAGGACCAGCUUGAUGAUGAAACCCUUUUCCCUUCAAAAAUAGGUGUCCCUUUCCCAAAGAACUUCAUGUCCGUGGCGAAGACAAUUCUGAAGCGUCUCUUCCGAGUCUACGCUCACAUCUACCACCAGCACUUUGACUCAGUCAUCCAGCUGCAAGAGGAGGCCCACCUCAACACCUCCUUCAAACACUUCAUCUUUUUUGUUCAGGAGUUCAACUUGAUCGACAGGAAAGAACUGGCACCCCUUCAGGAGCUGAUUGAGAAGCUGACGUCUAAGGACAGAUAAAACAAAACGAAACGGUGGAUUUUUGUCGUUGUCCCAUCUCCCCUAAUUACUGUGCACAAGCAGCCUGGCUUUGUUCAAUGUUUUUACAGAUUUGUCCAGCUGGCUCCAGGAACAGAGAAAGGCUCUUAACUAAAUAGUCUUGGAAGGGUCCUAUUAAGGGUUUAUUUGUGUCUUAUUCUACAAAAGCCCUUUUUAAAACUGGUUAAAAAAAAAGUAUGUUACCAACGUAUGAGUGACAUCAGUUUCCUUUCAAAGUCGAUCGUAUCUAUGUAAGUGCCUGACAUAUGUCCACAUGUUUAGAGAAAUAAGUACCAUCACUACUUUUAUUUAACUGUCUUCACGCUACCAACUCUUACCAUCUUUUCUGAGGGGAAGGUGUUCUUUGUAACUUUCUGAAAAGGGAAAAGAUGAUGUUGAAUCGAGGUCAUAGGCACUCCACCAAGUCCUGCUGUUAAUUCAGCAUUUAAGCAGCUUCUUCUGAGUUUGGACAGUUUGUUCAGAAAUCCUGAAGACUUUUUAAAAGUCUUUUCUUUAUGUCUUAUUCUUACUUGGUUAACCCUUCUAGUUGUAGUGGUGCUGCACAAAAAAGAAGAAAAAAAUCUGUAAUUUGCACUGGGCCUGUAGUUGCCUGACAUGACCUUUUGUACAAGUAGAUUAAACUGAGAAAUUAACAAAUAAAUAGAUACGUAGACAUUUAGAAUCCUCUGAUUUAACAUAUACAUGAGUCCUCCUGAAUGUGGGUGAGAUUUUCAGCUUUUGGUGGGAAAGAAAUGGGGACAGUAAGCUUACUAUGCAAUAUCUGCAUUUUUAAUCUCUGUAAUUAUUAGUAUUUUUUGUGUUUCUUACUGUACAACAGACCCCACGUUGUUUUGGCAGUAAAAUUCCAGCCAGUGCCAAACAGUGUCCAAAUCAUUAUUACUCAGAAAAAAAAAACCCUUGAUAUUUAUUCCCCUCUGACUUAUCCCUUUAAGUUUGACUGAAAUGUUUCUCUCAUUGAAUUUCCCAUCAAAAUUCCCAUCAAAUACAAAGAGGAGAACUUGGACUUGAAAAAGAACUACGUAUAUCUACAUAAAUGGACUACAAAAUACAUAAAAAAAUUGAAGCACAAAUCUUAAUUAUAUGUAAUAUCAGAUUUUUUUGUUGUUUGCACUUUUGAAUUAGCCUAUUUAGAGGUUGUGUUCCAGUAAAGCUACCUCUACCUGGAUUCAUGGUAAUGAUGCUAUUUUGCAAAAGCAGAUUUUUAUCAGUUUGUGUAAAGAAAAACAACUGCAAUACAAUGGACGAUUUGUUUGUAUUUGAUUUGGUUUCACCCCAUGAAUGUCAAUUUUUAUGAAUGUUAAGAAAAUAGUUUGGAGCUUGUGAUUGAAAUGAUUGCUUGACCUUUUCCACAGAUCUUAUUUAAAAACCAUAUAAAGAGUUGCUGUCAGCAGUGAUCAAAUACACUAUAUCUUAAUUUCUUCUUUUUUUUUUGAUGAGAAACUUGUAAAUAAUGUACACUGAUUAGGUAUGCAGUUUAAAGAGAAGAGAAAAUGUGUAACUUGCAAGACUUUGUGGUACAAAAAAAUGAAUGCUGUUUAUAGUAUAAUAAAAAUUUGUUUGACCAAGAAA